AACCUACAAAUCAUUGUCAUCAAACACAACCUUCCGAAAAUAAUGAUGAAGAAGACAAUGAAACAAAGCGCGUCAAAACACUUGAAGAAAAGCGAGCUAUUCGUUUAGAACGAAAUCGGAUUGCAGCCAAAGAAUGCCGUGAAAGAAAGAAAGCUUACGUCUCGAAUUUAGAACGUAGAGCUACUCAAAUGGAAAAAGAAAAUUCAAUUUUACGUAAAAAAGUUCAUGAAUUAAAAGCUCAAUUGGAAUGGGCUGAAUCGAAAACUGUUGGGCCCGUUGAGAACGGUCAAUUGGAAGCGUUAGUAAGAGAAUUGAAAGAAAGGGUAAAAAAAAUGGAGAAGGGAGAAGAUUCUAAUAUUGUUUUUGGCAAAAUGGUUAGUCAAUUGUAG